AAUCAGAUCUGCAUCUCUGAGGCGUUAAAAGUGAUUUCUUAGGGUUGGAAACCCCUUCAAAAAUCCCCAAUUCGAAAUAUUCACAGAUAAACCCUAAAUCCCCAAAUACUCAAAAUCCUCAUGGACAACAAAAGCAACCAGAAAACCCUAGGCUCAAAGCCCAAACCCUCGCCGCCGUCGUCGUCCAGAUCCACCCCCGCCCGCCACCGUAACUGGCUCGAACUCCCGCCGGAGAUCACCGCUUCGAUACUUUCGCGGCUCGGAGCGAUCGAAAUCCUGACGGCCGCCGAGAAGGUCUGCAGAUCGUGGCGCGCAAUCUGCAAGGACCCACUGAUGUGGCGCACCAUCGAUAUGCGCAACGACGGCGACCUACACGACAUGACGUACGAUUUGGAGAAGAUGUGCUGCCACGCCGUUGAUCGGAGCUGUGGUCAGCUCGUCGAUAUCACCGUCGAGUACUUCGGCAGCGAUGAGCUGCUCAAGUAUAUCACUGAUAGAUCAAGUGGAAUCAGACGCCUCCGAAUAGUGCGGUGUUAUUUCAUAACGGAUGAGGGAUUGAGUGAAGUGGCUUUGAAGCUUCCGAUGUUGGAGGACCUUGAAAUUUCGUUGUGCACACUUUCGCACGAACCUCUAGAGGUUGUUGGACGCUCUUGUCCGCUUUUGAAGUCUGUGAAACUGAACAACCACUGGUACCAAUUCCCGCCGGAUAAGUGUAAUGAUGAUGCACUUGCCGUAGCAGGAACAAUGCGAGGUUUGCAGCACCUCCAGCUUUUUGGGAAUAAGCUGACGAAUGAUGGCUUGAGGGAAAUUCUUGAUUGUUGUCCUCAUCUUGAGUCACUUGAUCUGCGCCACUGUUUCAACCUUAACCUGGAGGGAGAUUUGGAGAAAAGAUUGACCGGACAAAUUAAAAGGUUACAGCUUCCUUAUGAUUCCACUGAAGACUAUGAGUUUGAUGCUAUAUCUAAUGGUUACGAAUCACGUGAUAAUGAUGGGGACUCCCCAUAUGGUUUUUCUGACAGUAAUUUGUUGUCUGAUGAUUAUGAGGAGUAUGGAUUUUCAAGUGGGAGUGAUUUCUAUGACUAUGAUUAUGAGGAUUGUGAUGAUUUUACUAGGCUUGACUUGUAUGACUUUGGUGAUAUGGAUACCCUUCCUAGCAGCUAACGUUUGAGAUGGCGGAGGAAAGCGAUCAAAAUAUAUUUAUCCAUCUAGAAUUUCUUUACAAAAGACCUAUUUCUGGAUUGGUAGCAACAUUGAUCUUAUUGCAUAUUUUUGAGGUUAUUUGCAAUGGAGCAGUUUAUCAGAAUUAUAAAAUUUCAAUUCUCAUUCCGCAAGGUUUUGAUAACAUUAAUAAGUUUUUCUUGA